CGCAGUGAACAGGUUUUCUGUUACGCUGCUGUUUCGGGUGCUUGUGCGGUAUUAGGUUCCCGUUCUUCCAUUUCUGCGCCUUCAGGUAUUUGAGAUCUUGGACCAGUCAUCAUGGACGGUGUUGUCAGACAGGACAAUAUACGGAAAAUUACCCGUACUGGAAGGGAAUGGAGAGAAAGGGGCAGACAUCAGGCGGCAGGAGCAGGUGAUGUGGCUCAGUCCUCCCCCGAUCAACUCUGCGUUCUUCAAACCGAUAUGCCGGAGCCCCUGAUGACUGAUCAGAUCAAGAAGUAUGAUGUCCGCGGACUUGCCUUCCAUAAGGAAUUGUUCGAAGGCGGCCGUCUUUACGAGUACAGCAUCUUGGUUUUCGGACAAUCAGAAAAGAUCCAACAGUUUGCUAAAGAUUUUGCGGACGUGGAUCGGUGGAUGAUCACCAUCUACAACAACGUUGUUGUAAAGCCAGAAGAUCGAGGCAAGUCAAUUGAGGUAGACGGGGACACCUUGUCCGUUCAAAUUCCCGCAGCCUUAUUCACGCUGGCUCAGGACACGUGCAAAGACUCUGUCAGUUACAAACAUCUCAAGACAGAUUUCUACAUGCCGCCGUCGAACGCUAUGUCCCGUCACGUACUGUACAAGAAAAACGGUUGGAGACAGCAAGCCCCCUCCACCGACCGCAGCCUCCCGCACGUGGCAGUUUGGGCAUGGACGGCGGUAGCCUACUGUCGCCGAGUGGAAGCGGUUUGGGUAAGCCCGGCUCGAUCAUGA